AUGCCAGCGACCCUGGAGCCUUUACGACGCCCAACCAGCAAUAACAAUUCCACGUGGAUUACCUCGAAUUCGGGCAACAUCUACUACCGUCCCCGCGUCGACGGCAGCAAGAAAAAGGGCAGCAACAGGAACCAGGGAAACGCCAACAACGCCGCCCGGUUCCCGCGACCCCUCAUCGAGCCUCGACGCUCACGUCCUCACGCCAUCCACAUUGUCACAUAUCCCCCGGGCUACGUCCCUCACGAAUUGAGGUCUAGGGCCCAGUCUCCGUCGUCGACGCGCGCUCGCAAGAUCAAGGUUCGAACCGCCAGAGCCCAUCGACGAAUCAGCCACUCGGCCGCCUCUUCUCAACCAGUGGUGUCCGACCCUGCGCCGCGCCACGCUGACAGAUCCCCCAUUCGUCCCGCGCUCAGUAAAUUUCUGGGGUCUUUAUACAAUCCCUCGACGGCGCAACGAAUUCGCGAGCCUUCGGAACCAACUCGACGUCGUGGCUCGACGACCACAAACAACUCUCAAUUGAGUUCCAACAGCGCCAGCGUCUCCUCUCUCCCGGCAGGGAUCUCGUCCUCCUCCUCCUCAUCAACCCCAGACUCUGACCUCACCCGCCAAGGACUCGAGUCCCCACGCCGCCAAUCAGCGGACGCCGACUUGCAUUCAACCUCCGUAGGUCACGCGCCCAGCAGGAACACCACAGCGGCCACGCAAGAGCCCUCAUCGAUUGCGACGACGGACGCUCCGCCCGCAGCCUGCGCAAUCAACCCCACGACCGACACAGUGUCUCGCGCCGCCGCCGACUUCCCGACCCCCACACCGCGGGUCCAACCGCGAGUACGGGCCAAUACCAACACAUCAGAUCGUCGUAGAUUCAGCAUGAUGUCCAGUCGAACAGCGAACAAGUCGGCCAUCAGCUCCCUCGUCAGUGAGGUGCCGAAGCCCGUGGCGUCAGGGAGUGGCGUGGCUUGCUCGAUCUUGCUUGCGGAGCCCAACAUUUUCCUCAAUGGUUUCGAUCACGACGGCCAAUCACGAGGCACAGGCCAAGCAGGCACUGCGCUAUUAAGAGGCAAGCUGCAGCUCAACGUUUCCAAGAAUGUCAAGAUCAAGGCGAUCCAGCUGAAGCUGGUAGGGCGUGCGCGGACGGAAUGGCCAGAGGGCAUCCCGCCGACAAAGCAAGAGACCUUUGAGGAGACGAGCCUGCGGACUCAGGUUCUCACCUUUUUCAAUGUCACAAACGACGUCUGGGAAACGGAGUAUGGCAAUUCUUGCACCUACAAUUUCAAAGAUCAACCUAGCGCCCCGUAUCUUGUCGGACACAACCGGUCACAGUCCGGGCAGCAGAGACAUCUGUCGGCAAGAGAUUUGAAACGCCUCUCACUGCAGAAUGCGCAGUCACGCAGUUUUGGCAAGGGUGACAGUGGGCCAGGCACACCAUCCGCAGCGGCCAAGGGCUUCAAAGUCUUUUAUCCUGGCGUGUACGCAUACUCGUUUGAGCUGCCCAUCGACCAUCAUCAGCUGGAAACAAUCAAACUGCAGUACGGCUCUGUCAAAUGGGAGCUACAGGCUACGGUGGACCGCGCAGGGGCUUUCAAACCCAACUUGCACGGCAACAAGGAGGUCUGCGUUGUUCGAGUGCCCGACCAAAUGUCGCUAGAGAUGACGGAGCCCAUUUCCAUAAGUCGGCAAUGGGAAGAUCAGCUCCACUACGACAUUAUUAUCUCGGGGAAGAGUUUUCCCAUUGGAGGUAAAAUUCCGAUUGCCUUCAAGUUGACGCCUCUCGCCAAAGUACAAGUUCACAAACUCAAAGUCUAUGUGACAGAGUCAUGCGAAUACUGGACCCAGGACCGACGAGUCACUCGGAAAGAUCCCGGACGCAAGAUUCUGUUGCUCGAGAAGGCAGCCGGCAAGCCACUGGACGACACCUGGGCAUCAUCAGAUCUGCGGACCGUCCGCGGAGGCGAGUUGAGCCAGGAGCAGCGUCGUCAGGCCCGGGACCAAGCUGCCCAACGGCGAGCUCAGGAGGCCCACCGGCGGCAGGAGCAACCGCAGCCGCUCCCUGAUUCAGGAGAGAACCUACUUGGUGAUCUGGAUCUCGGCCUUGAGUCCAUGUGGGGUGCUACCGAGAUUGAAGCGAAUGUCCAGAUCCCUACCUGCGAGAUGAUGGCAAAGAACAAGGACCAAAGGCUGCAUCCAGACGUCAGUUGGAAGAACGUCCAUGUCUACCAUUGGAUCAAGAUUGUCAUGCGCAUCAGCCGGGUGGAUCCUGAAGAUCCAACGGGCACAAAGCGUCGUCACUUUGAGAUUAGCAUCGACUCGCCCUUCACAGUACUCAACUGCAGGGCUACACAGGCCAACACGGUCCUGCCCGCAUAUGGCAACAUAUCUGAGGGGCAAACCGUGCGUUCCUGUGGAUGUCCGGAUUCUCGCUUUGUCUCAUCCGAUCCUUCGCCCAACUCUUCAACAGGCACACUGAAUCGCAUGUCCGGCGAGACAAUGCCUGCUUUGCCCCAGGCUGCGCAUCUCCACGACUCGAGCCCGAUGAACCCGGCCAGCGAGACUUCGUCGAACGAGCCUCGACCCAUUCACCUGUUGCGCGCUCCUAGUUUCAACCCCCCGGCGUUCGACGAUGAUUUCGCGCCACCCCCAGCGCGAGAAAUCGCCACGCAGAACAUUGGUACGGCAACUAGCCGCCCCACUGCAACCCCGCCGCCACAGUACGAUGUUGUGGUUGGCACACCGAGCGUAGAUGGGCUGGCAGACUACUUCAACCGCCUUGCGGAUUAUGGGUUCCCCGAAGACGACUCCGACUCUGGCUCUGAUGAUGGUCCCGCUCGCAUCCUCGAGCGGUCCGGACGCGUGAACGUUGCUAACCCACGGACACCGGGCGGCCGGAUGCCGAGUCGCAGCAUGGAAAUCCAACGUCCGACAAUAUCACUCAACAUGGACAAUGUUGUCACAAGUCAGCAGAGACAAGCAGCGCAUGCUGUCUAA